AAGCGGAAUUUAUAAAUAAUAAACAUGUUUUUUUAAGUAAAAUAUGUAUGGAAAACAAUAAUAAAGCAGUUUUUGGCACGGAAAAGGCAAGUUUUACUGAAACCCAUAGUAUUACUAUUUAUAUGCAUAACGCCUUUUUGGUGCAAAAAUAAUACAUUCAAGGGGAAUUAAUAAGAAGAAAAUUUCUACUUCAACACGAAAAUUCCUAAUAAGAGGCUUAAGGAUGAAUAAAAACAAUUUAUAAACAAAAAAAAAAAGGGAAAUUCCUAACGCAACUACGCCAAUGGCUAACAAGUUGCAACGGAUUGAAAUUCAUAGAAAUAAUAUCACAUGGGAAAUCACUACUGUCGCACGCCUAUCAAUGCACCGAAAGUCCCCAGUCAGCUUUCUUUUUUUUUAUUAAUAGGAGAAACCCUUAGUGUUUUAAUUUAAAAAGAACCAUCACACUGCCCAUCGUUUAAUAUUAGAGAGAUUAUACUGGCGAGUCCCGCGCUUUCCGUCUAUUUAGGUUAGGUUCAACUACCUUCUCGGUCAGUCAGUCGAUUUUACGAUUAGAAAGCCCAACGCACACCAGGCAAACCCGAAACUUUUAACGUACGUAAACGCGUGUGUUUAGUGCCCCGUAAUAUUAACGGUUUUAAUGGAUAUUCCGUUUUAUCCAGUAUCCACUGCCACCAGUCCGCUCGACAGCCAUGAAAAAUAGUUUCCACCAGCAGUCAACUAAUUUUGUUCAUUCACGACACCGUUGCCAUUUCGGUGCGUGCACGGCGAUCCCCAACAAGUCCUCGAACUAUGAACGGCUCGAUACACUAAAGGCGACCAUACACCGAUGGAACUUAGACUGAAUUCACCGGUGGGCGGCUCGCCUGCCCACUACCGUUGGCCCUUAAGCAAAAAAAAGGGUUAUGACGAGUCCAAGGAGAUUAUCGAUACGAUUAUAUGGGGCUGCAAAGAUAUACCCGACCUAGAGGUGCCGCUAAAGCGAAAUAUCCUUAAAAAUGUUGAUGUGAGCGAUUUUGAAUCGAUGAAGGCCCUUACGAAGCGCUAUAAUAAAGCCAUAAAUAACGUCCUGUCUUUGGAGAAGGGCACUCAAAAGUUUUGUGAUCGAUUAAACCAGUCCGCUAGCAAGGAACUAUUACAUCACAUAAUCCAACAAACUUAUAGUGCGGCAGUAACAAACGCCGAAGAACUAAAUAAGUAUCAAGCCUUUUCGCCGGACGUUUACGGAGAAACGUCUUUCGAACUGAUCAGUCAGAUGAUCGAUCAAAUCAAUUUAACCAAAGAUGAUGUGUUUGUGGAUCUCGGGUCGGGAGUGGGUCAAGUUGUUCUACAAAUAGCAGCCACCUGCAUGUGCAAAUCUUCGAUUGGGAUCGAACGUGCCGACGUACCCGCCCGUUACGCGACAGCCAUGGAGGAAAAGUUCAAAUUUUGGAUGCAAUGGUACGGAAAACGUUACGGCAAAUUCCAACUGUUCAAAGACGACUUUUUCGACGACAGACAUCGCGAAAUAUUCUCCGAGGCGACCGUUAUAUUUGUGAAUAAUUUCGCGUUCGGUCCCUCGGUGGACCACAUGUUAAAACAGCGAUUCGCCGAGCUAAAGCACGGGACUAGAAUCGUGUCUUCGAAAAGCUUUUGCCCGUUAAACUUCCGCAUCACGGACAGAAACUUAAGUGAUAUAGGCACCAUAAUGAACAUUAGUGAAAUAACCCCUAAAACGAGUUCAGUCUCCUGGACGGAUAAACCGGUCACGUACUACCUGCAUCAAAUCGAUCGCACCAAACUGGAAAGGUACUUUGUAGCCAAGAAAAAUGGCACAUUGCACUCAUUUAUUAGCGAGGAUCCAGAGAAGUCGUGUGACUCCUUUGAAACAACUGACAGCAGCGAGUUUAACAUGGUAAUCACUCCACCUCCGAAAAAAAGAGGCAGAAGAACGGCCAAACCGCGAAUAUCGGCCAGUCCAGUAACCAUUCCAUUUUUUAAAGACGUGUCAGAGAGUGACGACAAUAAACCACUAGCACAACUCGCUUUUACGACCAAUGGUAUGCCAAAUACUGCCCCAACCAACAAUAUUAUUAGACCGAGCAAACUGGCCGUCAAAAGAUCCUCGAGUGAAGACAACUACCGAAACGUCCCGCCAAAGAAACGAGGCCGAAAAAGGAAAUUCCCGUCUCCUGAAUUCGAGUCGACCACUUGGGUUAGUAAAGGAAAUCCGACCAGGAAAAACGGCGCGGACGAUAAGCUCGAGGGUCUUCAAAAGAAUCUGAAAUGCCUGAUGGACAGUUUUAAAAUCCAGUAUCUGCAAAUGGUCGAGGAGAUGUCCGAUCCGCUGUACAAAAUCAAAGUUCGCAAACAACUGGAGGGAGAGAUUAUCAAAAACAUGUACUUAAAACUGAAAAUCGAAGAAAUCGACGAGGAGAUAGAGACUAUUAUAGGUAAUAUGCGAAAUUAUAUUGUUGAGCCCACUGCCAAAUAUUAAGAAUAUUUUAAGGUAAUAUAGUUGAAUAUUUUAAUAUACUUUCACUAAUUUCGUUUGUAAAUUAUAUAGGGUGAUUUUUUGUCAGUUCUAGUUCAUUUUUUUUAACCAUAUUUCAUUUCGAAAGUCACCCUGUAUAACUCCGGUUAACAUAACUUAGAUUUGUUGUGAAUAUGAUAUAAAUAUAUAUUGUAUAUCUAUAUACAGGGUGCCUGAAAUUAAAUCUGCACGAGGAUGGCCAAGAUAAGUAAAGUUGCCACGCACUUUUAAGUUAUAUAAACGAUUAGCAAAAUUAUUACAGUUAGCAAAUGUUUUUCUAAGCAAAAAAGGUAGUGCAAGGAAUGGCCAAAAUGUCCAAAAAGGUGUUUAACCUUUGACCACAUACAGUUACAUAUUUUUUAAUGUUUUCACAUUUUACUUUUCAUUUGCAUAGUGCUAAAUUGUAUUUACUUUAUCAGCAUUCUUAACCCUUAACCUUAACUAGCCAAUGAUUUGGCUUUAAAACUGCCCUAAAAAUACUUCAUCCAAGGCCAGAUUGCAAGGUAGGGCAGACCUAAUUUCAGACAUCCUGUAUAUUAAUUUUAUCUCUUGUUUUUUGAAUAUCAAGUUAAACUAUUGUCAUGUCCCGAUUUAGGACACAUCAUUCUUUGCCAAUGCAUUAUUGUACUGUUUUUAUACAAAUUAUUUGUUUUUUUUUUAGACGAUAGAGAGUGCCUCAAGUUUUUACACUUUUUGUUCAACUACAACUCGAGGCACCUCCUAUGUACGUGUUAAUAUUACUUCUCUAUUGUUAACUCGAACUGAAAUGAGACCUGCCAAGUCAAAAUUAUUUACGUUAUAUUUUAUUGUAAUUUAAAUAUAAGAUGCAUAUAAUGUACAGGGUGGUCCGACAAGGUUUGUCAACAAGGUGGUACGUUUGCGUUGGCACACCCAGUAUAUGUAUAUAUUAACACUGCCAAUUUUGUAAAACAAAAAAGUUACUUUCUACCUUUUUGAAAGAAUAUUACUUUAGUUUAUUAUUAGUGAAUGGGAGCCACAACAAUUAUUGUUUUUGUUUCGGAUGCAUAACUUUGUUUUUGUAAAAGGGGGUUUUUCGUGUUUAGCUACAAGUUUAUAUACUUAAUAUGGUGCUAAUAUAUAAAUUUUAAAAUCAAAAGUUGUUAGGAAAUUAUCGAAAAUUAUUCUUUGUAGUUAAGCGAGAUGCACCCUAUUCUAUCACUAUUUGUUAUGUUUUGUUUCAUUAAUAAAAUAUAAUAAAAAAAUUAAUAA